AAUCGCUCUCGAGUCCCCAUACUUGAGUCAACCUGUGUUGAUCUAGGCCAUCUCCUUCGGAUGGUCUGAGCAGAGCACAAGAAAACCAACUACAGCCUCAUCAGAAGCUCGCAACUGAAAAAAUGCUCGAGGCCCGCCCGGGUUCCGCUUGGAAGCGGUCGUCUUCCCCUUGGUUAGGGUGAGAAGACGGGGAGGGGAAGAAGCCAUCGCUCUCCCGAUCUCCAGAUGACUCAAGUUGUCAGUUUCACCCCCUUCCAGCAGCCUCCGGCACCCCCCCGCUCCUUCGACGAUAUCGAUGCCAUUCGGGCGCAGUGGAUAGCCAUUCCGUCGAGAUCUGUAGUUGAUUUGCUCGACCUGGCCUCUCCGGCAGCAGCAACGGCCAGAAGGAGUACCGAGUGCUUGCUCCCUUGGGACGCUGUCGGCCACCAAGAUCCCAGCCCCUCUCCCGUUUCCUGUGGUCAUGGCGGUAUAAAGCAGGCCACGGGCGGUUCUCCUGACAAGUUCUUGGCGAUGGAUCUCGGGGUGUGGGGGCUGCCGAAGCGGUAUCGAGUGAGGUUCUACCUUCCCGACUCGCCGGAGAAGCUAUUCUUCUGGUGGAGGAUACUCUGUAAGGGAGCGGGAUGGCGCCUGGAAGCAAACAGAUGAUGGAGAGGUUAUAUGUGUGUGUGUGUGUGUGUUGGUCUAUUGACUCACACGUGCAGACUGUGCGGGUGUGUGGAUGGUGUGCCUCCGCGUGAGCUGUUUUGUCCUUCUGUCUGACGCCGCAUGGGCUCGGUACCUCAACUUGAGCGGCAUUGGUAGGCCACACGAUGUCCACAUGUCCACGCGCAAGUAGCGCUGAGUCGCCUUCUGCUCAUUCCUUCUCUGCUUCUUCGAUGUUUGUUAAUUUGUUCGCGUGGGCGUGUGCAGUCGGUCACACUUUGCAGGCUCUGGUGAACCCUCUGUUCAUCUACGGGACGUACCUGAACAUGGCUGUCCAGGGGGCGGUGUGCACCUAUGGCAUACUCAUUUUGGGUGUCACCCUGCUUUACGCACGUAAGUUGGCAAAGCACCAAUCAAUCAAUGCAGCUCUGCCGUCGGCUAUAAAUCUCUCUCUCUCUCUCUCUUUCUCUCUCUCCACGUGUGUAUGUGUGUGCAGCGUUCGGUUAUUCAGCUACUUUGCUGCUGGUGAGUGCCGAGACUGCCCUCUGCGCUGCCUGGUUUGCUCUCAUGGCGCAGCCGCGGCUGUUUGGGGACGAGGAGAAGGUCAAGAGGAUGAGUGGCUUCCCUGUGCCGGGGCUCUUCACGCUGCCGGCCACGUACUGUCUGGUGCCGGUGCCUCCCACACGCAUGCUGACGGCGUCUGAGGACAUGUGGGGUGGGGAGCAGAACUGGGCCUUCUCUCUGGUGCGCAAGUAUCUGUCCUGCACGAGGGCGAUGGACGAGCUGGACUUCUGCCGACUGCUCAAGUACAUCGCCUACCUGGGGACAGCACUGGACUACCUGUCCGAUCUAGGUGGGCGCCAUGGCUGGACGCGUGGCAGCAUGCAGUUACUUAGUUACCUGUUGUCCACCAGUCGUCUCUCACCCACUGUUUGGUUGUUCAUGCUGUUGUUGCUCACUCAUGCAGCGGUGGGCAUGGGCAUGGUCACCCACCACGGUGAUUCCCUCUGGCCCGGAGUGACCAUUCUGAUUCUCUGCCAAGUGGACACCGUGACCGCCGGCAUCUCUUACGGCAUCCGGACCAAGGCGACACUGCGGCAGCACGUCUACAUAUUCGCGGCCUCUCUCUUCGAGGUGCCCAUUCUGGUCCUGACCAUCCUCUACGGAGCAAGGUCAACCGACACCCUGACGAUCGUCAUCUCCAUCACGGCCACCUGCUCCACAAUACUCAUCAAGGGGCUCGCCAUGAUCCACACAAUCAGGAGGCAGCGGCUGCGAGCGAAGGGGGGUGACCUGGAGGGGAAGCCGAGCAUGACGCCACACACCAUGAGCACAGAGUGGCCCACUGAGACAGAAGGUGCAUAACCUUGAUGCCUGGAUGGAUGGAUAGGCUGGCGGGGAGGGAGAAGGGAGAGUGGGUUCGUGUCUUGAUGGACUGUGUCGUGUGUGAAAUUAACUAAGGAGGGGCCUGUGUGAGUUGUGGGUAAGACAGCACGCUGGCUGCAAUCGUGCCAGCGAGUCCUGUGAUUUUUUCCCUUCUGUGCUCGUCGGUGUAUUCCGUGGUGGACGGAUGGAUGGAUGGCUGCAAUCACUGAGUGUCGCUUCCUUGGUCUUUAUUGGAGCCUGUGGCUUGCAUCGCACGAUGGGUACUUAAUGUGAUUUGUCUGUUGGUUGUGUCACGCGUGGCGUGCAAUUGAUGAGUUUGGGAUGAGACGUCUGUCGAUCUAUUUGUCGCACGAUGGACAUGAUGGGAUGGGUGGGCGGAUGCAGUGGAAUGAAUCGAUGGAGCUUCGUCCUCGUUCGUCGGUGCCUGCCUGUAACUAAUCGGGAUGCACUGCACUGCACGACAUUGCCAUGCACCGCUCGCUCAAUCGUACUGAGGGAGGGAGGGAGGGGCUGGAUGGAGUGUGGAUGGGCUGCCCUCUCUGUGUGUGAGUCUGUGUGUGCCAAGACAAUUCACUGUGGAGGCUGACUGGCGAGGCGAUGUGUGGGUGUUUUAAUUAUGCUGAGCAUGUGCGCCAUUCAUUCACCCGGCCAUGGCUCAAUGAAUUUGUCCCUGUCCGUCUGUCCGUCUGUGUGUGUGUGCAUUUGACACACACACACACAGAGAGAGAGAGAGAGAGAGAGCACACCGCUGCGCACGUCAGUGCGUGCCUGCCUGUCCGCUGCGCUCUCCUGCACACCUUGACCGCAUUCAUCAAAG